CUCUAUAUGAAUAUAUCGCUCUUGAAUAAUGAUCUCGUCAAUAUUAGUCGUGAAUUAUUUCGUGACUUUACUGAAAAUCACAUCACGUAUGAUGCAAUGAUAAGGCUGGAUAAUGCCAACAAAACACGACUUCAUGCAUUCGGGACGUCUAUCGUCUAACUACGUGUCCGACUCCGAAUGCGAGAUCCGAGUCGUGUGACCGAAAUCUCGGGGUAUAGUGGGAGAAUAAACAACGUAGUCGAUUUAAAACGCAGUUCGAAAAAGAUGGCUGGUUACACUGGACGUAGGAAGUUAGAAGAUCUUGAUUUAACGAGACAAGAAUUGGACCAGAUCGGCGACGCUCUGAAGAAAGAAGAAUUUCGAAAAUUACUUGUGGAUUAUGUGCAAGAAGUUAAUGACCCAGAAAAUAAAAAGUUAUUUCAAAAGGAAAUAACUCAGUUAGAAAAGGAAAGAGGGUACGACGUGACAUUUAUUAAUCCCGAACCGGGAUAUGUAAUUAAAACUAGUGUUGACGACGAGAAAAAAGCCUUCAUAAAUGUGUGUCAAAGUGAUAAGGUACAAAGACCUUCGUCGGUUACCGGCGUCAGGGAUGGCACAUUUGGAAGAAAGUGGUCCCUGCCUUAUACUCAAGCCCCACCUCGUGAAGAUCUCGAUACUGCUGGAAAAAGAUGUGUUGUUUUUGAUGUUGUAUUUCAUCCAGAAGCUCUGGAAAUGGCUAGUUGGAAUGUUCAGUUCAGGAACAUGCUGAACGAAACUGCUCUUGAAGGAGUAGAAAGUAAUUAUAAUGUGAAACUCGAUAGAAAUAAUCUUAAGUUUCCCAAAAUGAAAUAUAAAGGUCUAGCUUCUGCUACUUUCAUUAGAAAAAAAUCGGAGUAUUUCAAGCCGGAUGAUGACUUUGAAGAUGUGUUAUCUAAAAUGAAUUAUCCUUAUAAUGAAGCAGAAUCCUCAAAUGUGCCUAAAAACACAAAGGAAAGACCACAAAAGAAUUCUGAGACUGCUGCAAAUAAAUCUCCAUAUACUACACCAAAGUAUGUAAUAAAACAUCGCAAUGUUGUGGACUAUCAAGAAUUCUUGAAUGACAAAAAUGCUAAAUUAAAUGCCACUUUGCCUAAAGAAAUUAUUGUUGAAAUUGAUUUACCUCUUUUGAGUUCUACAACAGAAGCUGUUCUGGAUGUUACUGAAAAAUCCUUGUCUUUAGUGAGUGAAAAGCCAGCAAAAUACAAACUGUUUAUCUCGCUUCCUUACAUUGUUGAUGAAGAUGCAGGAAAUGCAAAGUUUGAUAAAACUAAACGUAAAUUGCAAAUAACACUUCCUUUGAAGAAUCGUCAAGUUGCCCCAUUUUCUGAUUUUGGUCGAGAAGAUAGUGGUGUAGAAAGUGAUAUAGGUUUUCGCAGUCCUGGAUCCAGUAGUGGGGAAGAUGAUAAUGUUGACAGUGAACUCAGAAAAGAAUCUUUUUACAGUGAUAUUAGUCAUAAAGUAAUUCAUAAAAUAGAAGAAGUUAAUGGUGAUGCAAAUGUUGAUGAGAAAGGAGAUUCAAGCAAUAAGUCAUCUGUAAGUGUUUUGGAUAACGAAGUGUUUCGGACUAACCCAAGUGCAAUCAAUUUUUUGGAUAAUGAUAAACAUUACUCAUUCCCUCCAUUUACUUGCAAUGUUGUUGAUAACACAAUCAUAUUUACCUUGCAUGUCAAAAAUGUGGAUCCUAAUUCUGUGAAUCACUGUUUAAUUGGAGAUUCUUGUGGCAUUCACAUUAAAUUCACAUCCAUUGGAUCUGGCUUCUUUCCAAUCCAACAUGCAUUUUGUACCAAAUUUCCUAAUAGUUCCUCUAUUGACGAAGAAUCUGUGAACAUUGAAACUUGGGAUAACAAUGUUAUAGUACAAAUCCAAUUAAAAUCCUGUGAUAUAAAUUUGCUUGAUUAUUCUGCUGGUGUGAAUGAAGAUACUUUAGUAAAGCAUGACUUUCCUGAGCCUACAGUAAUUGCAAAAAAAUUGGAUGAAUUAAAGAUUGAAUGUAAUGAGAGCUCUGAGCCAAGUGAAUUGAAAAUUGAAGUUACAAAAUGUACAAAAGAUGAAACAAUUGUGGAAAUUUCUCCUGUUGGGAAAAUAAUAGAAAAUGUACAAGAUGAGAAAGGUAGUGAGUCAUCAGAAGAUAACACUGCCCAAGAACCUCCUGAACAUAAAAAAUCAUCGAGGCAUCCAAUGUUUCGUACAUUAUCUGAGUCUAGUGGAGAUGAAAUGAGCUUUAGCCCUUCGAAGAAAGGAAUUUUGAAGCGUGUUAGUCGCAGUUUAUCCGAAUCAAGUGCUGAUGAUUACACAUGGUCUUCAUCACUUGAUAUGAUCAUGCAGUCUGGCUCUGAUUCGUGUAUACCUGAAGAAGAGGGUCGAGGGGUGAAAAAAACUGUUCGUUUUAAUGAGAUUGUCCAUCAGCAAACAUACAGAAGUAAUUCAAGCAUUUUUGGCCAAAGAAAAAAGAAUCAAAGAAAAACUCGCAACAAGAAACGCGCACAGGAGCGAAGAGCAAGUGAAAGUGAGAAUUCUGAAGGUGAAAUUGAAAAGGAUAAUGAUAAAGAAGUAAAGAUCGAAAAGAAUGAAGAAGGUGAAGGAGAUGAUGAUGUAAAUGGUGAUGAUGAUUCACCUGAAAUUAAUGACGUAGAGGAAGUCAUUGAAGUGGAACUAAAACUUCAAGAUGAAAAGACCAAGACUACAAACAAGAAAAAUCGUUUUGGACAAGUUCAAAGCAAAGGUAAAAAGAAAAUCCAUAAACCUGUGGUGACCCCUGUGACUAAAAAUGAAAAUCCUAAAGUUGAUUUGAAAAAUGAAUUGAUUUUUGACCUUGACAUGUAAGGUUUAGAAAGAAUGGAAAUUCUUAAGAAGAAUUUUUUGUGUGUGUGCACAUGCCACUUGCAUUCUAAUUUUAACAAAAUUUUAUGUAUUCCAAUGUGAAAAAAAAUUACUCAAAAUAUGAGUAUUUUUUUUAAAUAGUUCAUUUAAUGAAUAAAAAAGAGUUUAACCACACAAAAAACAGAAAUGGUUCAGGUUUUUAUGUUUUCUUUUACUGUAUGUGGUGAUAUUCCAGAGUAGCAUAGUGUAGAUACCGUUCACCUAAUAUUUUAUGAUUGAAGAAGGGUGUGGCAAAACAUUUCAUAGAAAUGAAGUCAAACCUUCAAUUGUUAUGUUGGUGCGUAGGACCACUGUAGCUGCAGUAUUAUGAGUAUUGUAACAUUUAGGUGUGGUAAUUUACAAAUGCUAUUAACCAUGUCACCUUUUGCUAAGCAAAUUAGAAAUAGAAGAUAUUCAUUGUUUUUGUACACGUGAAAGGUUUUUUAACAUUUAGCUAUCACAUGUUGAUUUGACGUACUCUACAUCUGAAUGAAAUUCAAUAUAAAUAGGCAGAAUGAAGUCACAGUAUUUUAACAUUUUUAUAAAAGUACAAAACAGAAGGAAAUAAUAAUGUCCAGGAACAUAAUUUAUUUAGACUUUUCAGUAGUCCUUUGACCUAGGGUAGUAAGAAUCAAUUGAGUCACCCUUUGAUCUGAUACUUUUAAAUUUGUUGCAGAGGAAUGUUUAAUUAUCUGGGGUACGUGACAUUGGAAUAGUGUUACAUAUUGACAAGAAUUUAGCUGUGUUGAGAAAUAAUAUGAUAGUAAACUUGGCUUUAUUUCAUUGAAUUCUGUUUUAGAUUGACAAUAAUCUUUACGUAUACUUAUGUAGUUCAAAUGAACUACAAUUUCUUAUAUUUUCCCAGUGGAAACCAAAAUCUGUAAUAGUGAAACUUGCAUUUAUUAGUUCAGAUCAGCUAGUAGCAAAAAAAGCUUUGGUUUGACCAUGUACAACAUUUUUUAGGGGAGUGAUAUACUCCAACAAGAGCCUACAUCAAAAAGUUCUACUUUUCAGUGUUUUUGUUGAAAUUAAUUUACUGUGUGGUUAAGGAAUGAGAUUCAACCCAAAGGUAGUCUUGAGGUUGCUGUCUCACAUUGCUGCACUUUUUGCCUGAAUAUCCAAUCAGCUGAUUCUCAAGAAUUGGGUUUAUUAAUUGUGAAUCUGCCACCUUUAAUAUGAUUAAAAAUUGGUCAUUAGUUUGCUUGUUGGCUGAAAAAUAUAAACUUCAGUGCACUGUGAGGUCAGCUUGCAACAAGGCUAACAUGCUGGGGUACCCAUGAACCUGCUGAAAAAACACAUCUCUUCUGUCGUCAUUCACAACUGCUAGAGUGACUUUGUGCAAGUGAGUGCUACAGUAAGCUUCUGGUCUCCUUUGUCAAUUUUUUCUCAACAUUAUCAACUCCUCAGUUAUAGAUUGCAAUAUUUAAUUCAUUGUCUUGAGUUGAUCUAAAACACUCCUCUGUUGUAUUGCUCCCUUGUUUAAAACUUGACAGCUUGGUAAUUGUUGUGUUUUCUUGGCUUAUGGUAUUAUUUUUUCAUUAUUAUUAUUAUUAUUUGUAUUGUGAUAGAAAAUUACCAUGAACUACGUAUAUGAGAGUCCAUCUUGAGCCUUGCAACCAAGUAGACAAGAAAAAAUGUAUAUUUUAAAUUUUGGAAUGUGAAGAUAGUGUGAGUAUGAAUGUGCGGAGGUAAUAUAUUGUUGGUCCAAAAUUAAGUAUCUGUUAAAGAAUUUUGUAUCUGGAGAAAUAAGUGCAAUACUACGAAAGGAAAUCAAUUACUUCACAUCGGCUUGCUAUUAGUUUAUUCUGUAAACUAACAGUUUGCUUCCUGUACUGUUCAUUAAAUCCCAAAGGCAGGAAGGGUUUUUAUGUGGUUUUUUUUCUGAGAUACCUCUCUCAAAUGUUCACAAAAGAACUGGUUGGUUUUGGGUGUCACUAUGUCAAGCAAGAACCACAAAUCCUGUAAUUCAUUUCUCUCUCUCUCUCUCUCCAAAUAUAUGGAAAUGCCUUUAGAGCAAUAGGCAAAGUCAAUGGAAUUAUGUUUGAAAUUCACAUUCUGUGAAGAGCAAGAGAACUUAUUGAACUUCCAGAUUGCUUAGAAUUACAGGGCCUCUCAGCAAAUGUGUGACUGUCCAAUAAUUGAAUAUGUCUAAACACAUAGUAUUGAACUAUUUAUACAAACAGGGGUGUAGCUUGAAGAGAAAACUAGGUAGACACUGACCUAUUGAAGAAAAAUACAAGAAAGGAAUUAUUAGAAUUUUGCAUUUAUUUUCAAUAGAUCACACUGUUUUUCCAUUGUAAGACUUUUGAAUUUAGAAGGUAGUAUUAGCAACCUGCCAGGAAGGCCACAAGAACUGGAGGGAGGAAGCCAUAAUGGAGACGUUCUGAUCUCUUUCCUGGCUUAAUUUUAUGAAAGGAAAAUCUGUGCAUGCAUUGCAGCAGAAACCCAAGUAAAAGUGAUCCUUGUAAACAUAACACAUAUUAAUUCAAUUACUAGAAUAGACAUGUUGCUUAAGAGUGGUUCAGUAUGCUGCAAGUCUGCUGUGCAUGAGUGUUCUAAGUUCAGUUGUAUUGUAUUUGAAUUUUUUAAUCAGUGUAUUUCGAGUAAUUCAUUCAAUACAUUUUUGUAGUGUUUAAAGACUUAACAUCAGGAUUACCACCCAGAACGACACUUGCCUUAGUGCUGCUUUGUAUCCAUUUCAUUUUGUCAUGCAUGCUACUGAAUUCCUAUGUAUUCCUCCACAAUGCCUUGAAUUCCACCACUAUUCCUCCACUAUGCUCAAGAUCUCAUCAAGAAGUUAAUAUGAAGAACAAGUAACUAGAAAACAUCUUCAGAAAAUAUUAAUUGAAUUUUAGUUCUCAAGUUUCAAGUUGUUUGUAUUUCAAAAUAUUUAUUGCUUCAAAAUGAUUUUCCUAUUCUGUGACAUGACAUGGAAAUUCAACAUUCCAUUUUUUUCAAUUAGGAUUGGUAGAAUUACACCAACAGUGUUUGUCUUAGGUGGCAGUAUUAAAAGAAAAGGUCCUUUUAUUAAAAUUUAAAGAUAAUCAAUUAAUGUUCUUACAGGAAAUUUGAUUUUUUGUUAUUUUAUUUUAAAUUGAAAAUAGCAUUUGUUACCCAAUAUUUCAUGAGUUAAUUAUUCACAUCAUUAGGUGUGCCUAAAAAUGUAUUUGAACUUAAAAUAUAUUUCGUAAUAUUCAGAAAAUGUUGUAAAAUCCAUUGAAAUCAAUAUUAUAUAUGGAAUCCAUAUUCUGUGAAACCCCAGAAGAGGAAAAUAUAAUCUUUUCAUAAGGCUUAAAUAAAAAUGUCAUUAUUGCUAUUGAAUAUCCAAUUGUUAUAUAUCUUGGACACUUAUUCAUAGCAAAAAAGCAUGGGAUAUGCACAGAAUAAUGAAAUAAUAAGUACAAGUUCAUGUUAUUUUGAGGCAGUCUGUUUCUUUACCGAUAUAAAGUAGAUUAAAAAUAAAUUACUUGUUUAU